GACCAGCAAGUUCUCAGGUCGUCGUUGAUUUGUUCGUGAUACAUUCUCUUUGUUCGUACCGCAGCCUAUUCCUGAACUUACAGAUUACUUUGUUUUAUUUUGCAUUAUCCUCAGUCAAUUCAGCUGAAGAAACCACAUCUCGUCGACUACAACAAAUAGAAAAGUUCAUGGCUAAGGUUUUCAAUCAACAUCAACCUUCAUUUCCUUCCCAAAUGACGCAUUCCACUAAUGGCGGCUGUGCUGCAUCUUUUUAUACUAACAGAUCCAGAUUUGGUUUUCUCAGGGCAUCUAAACGUAGCAUCUCCCAAUACAAACGGUACCCUAGCCGUAUAAGGAGGGCUCAAAAAUGUGAUUCAUCACCAGUUAUGUACAGUGGGAAUGAUUCCCAAUCACCCAAUAUUGUAAAUGUUUCAAGUAACUCAACUGACUCGAGACCCGUUCAUCAGUUGUACUCCAAUGAACAAUCUAGUAUUUUUUCGGAUUAUAAGCGCCCACGUCCGGAGCAUGGUGGCCACUCAAAUGAGAAGUUGGAUGAUAUUUCAGUGUCUGCCCCUGAAUCUUGUUUCCUCCGUCAAAUGUGUUCGCUACCAAAAAGCGGCCUUCGCUUAGAUUUAUCGAAAAAGUAUUAUUCACAUAUGUUUUGCAAGCUAUCACUUCUCAACAAUGAUCGUCUACACGACCUACUUUCAAAGGAGUUCACCUACCAACCAAAUAAUGCCUUUCUUUAUUAUGUGAACCCGGAGGUGGAUGACAAAGUAGAUGCUGUACUAAGAAAUGAGGCAGUGCACAAUCUUCGCUUCAUGCAUAAUUCCUUCUUCAAUCUAUCUACGGAAACGUUUUGCAAAGCUGUUAACCUGAUAGAUCGUUUUAUUGUCAAAGUGAAGGUUAAACCAAAAUACAUGGCUUGUGUAGCUACUGCUUCCUAUUGUGCCGUUUGCAAGUUGAACAGCUCAAACAACAAGAAUGCUGUGUUACCUGAUCCGGAAACUUUGGUACAUGUUACUCGUUGCGGUGGUAACGCUGCUGAUCUGUUGCGUAUGGAAGAAAUUCUUGCCUCCAAAUUGUCGCAUGAUCUUGAUGGAGUCAAUGCAUUCGAUUUCCUGCAACUUUUCAUUGAUUGUAUCACUAAAUCUCCCAAGGAUAUCAAUGAAUACGAUACAACCGACAGUGCGACGAAUAUGGACAGUUUCGUGUCUCAGUCGGGUGACAAUUCUUCUGAAGAGAAAGUUACAGAGACAAACAUUGUGACCUCAAGUGUACAAAAAUCAGAUGAGGUGAAAAAGGAUGCUGUAACAACUCCUCGGAAGAAGUUUUCCUGUGGUACAUUUUUGUACAAACGUUUAGGAGCACUUAUGGAGAUCGCUUUGUGUUCCUUGGAGGUUUAUCGUUUUCGUCCUGCUUGUUUGGCACUCGGUAUUUUGGCUCAAAGUGGUAUAGAGGGUCUUCUUCCUCUAGCAGAUCUAUGUGGGGUUGAUUGGUUUGAUGUAUGCGAAUGCGCAAAUCUUGUUGGCCAGUUGUAUGAACUAUACUAUCGUGAUCCUUUACCACCUAAUCGUAGACGAACUGGUAUACCGGUAACUAGACGUAAUUUUCGUGUUGGUUAUUCCAGUCCUACACCAUUGGAUACAAUCUCUGAAGAUUAUGAACCGGUUGAAGACGAUGAAUGGCUACUUCCGCUUCUUUUUGAACCGUAGCGUAUUGUUACAGUCGGUCAAUUUGUGUUUUGCUGAGUUGAUCCCGUCUACUAAAACAGCUGUUCGAUAAGAUGAGAUAUACACGCGCUAGUAGUAGUGUCUCUUCCCGUCUUCUCCUUCUUCUUCUUGUUCUUCUUCGUCGUCGUAUACACAUCAAAAUUGUAUUUAAAUAUCCUUAUCUUUCCAGCAAAUAUUGCUUAUCACUCACUUACUCACUCACUCACUUGCUCACCUACUACUCAUUCGUUCAUUCACACAUUUAUUCUCCUUACUCACUCACUCACUCACUCAUUCGAUUCAUUCAC